GAAUGAAUAUAAUGAAUUCUAAUUUAAUGGUCAAUAUGCAGAAAUGUAACGGUCAUCCUCUUUGUAAUGAAAAACACCUUUCCUGGACAGUUGCUGCCACUCUUUCCCUUUGUCAAGUUCCUAUGCGAAAGAUAUGGCCCAAGCCGGAUGCGGCAGCAGCGGAGGUGGAGCUAAUAAAAAGGCUGAGGAGCUGCAACCAUACCCUGUGAAAGAGCAGCUACCCGGCGUUCAGUAUUGUGUCAACAGUCCUCCACCUUGGCCUGAAGCUCUUGUUUUGGGGUUCCAGCACUAUCUUCUGACUCUUGGUAUUAAUGUUCUGAUUCCAAGCUUGAUCGUGCCUGAAAUGGGGGGCGGAGAUGAUGAGAAGGCUAAAGUGAUACAGACAUUACUGUUUGUUUCAGGAUUUAGCACACUCUUCCAGACUUUAUUUGGUACCAGGCUUCCAUCUGUGGUGGUGGGUUCUCAUGCAUAUGUUAUAUCCACUACCUCAAUUCUCCUAGCCAAUAGAAAUAAUAUGUUCAUUGACCCCCAUGAGAGGUUUAGACAAACAAUGAGAGCAAUUCAAGGGGCUCUAAUUAUUAGUGGCUGUUUCCAAAUGGUUAUGGGUUUCUUUGGUCUCUGGAGAAAUGCAGUGAGGUUUUUUAGCCCUCUUUCUAUUGUGCCCUAUGUAACUUUUACUGGACUAGGGCUCUAUUAUCUUGGUUUCCCUAUGCUGGCAAACUGUGUAGAAGUUGGAGUUCCAGAGAUAAUCACAAUGGUUUUCAUCUCACAGUAUCUUCCUCACUAUGUUAAAUCAACGAGGCCCAUAUGUGACCGUUAUGCGGUGCUGCUCUCCGUUGCAAUUGUAUGGUUAUUUGCACAACUUCUAACUUCAAGUACUUUGUAUAAUAACAAACCUGCAAAAACUCAGAUGAGUUGCCGAACUGAUCGCACUGGACUGCUUGCUGCAUCACCUUGGAUAUAUAUUCCCCAUCCGUACCAGUGGGGUAGCCCAACAUUUAAGGCUGGAGAAGCAUUUGCAAUGAUGGCUGCUGCUUUUGUUUCUCUUUUUGAGUCCACUGGUACAUUUUACGCGACGGCAAGAUAUGGAAGUGCCACACCUGUUCCACCUUCAGUGGUCAGCCGUGGCACUGGCUGGCUGGGAAUUGGGGUAUUGUUCAAUGGUAUUUUUGGUUGUGUGACUGGAUUUACUGCAUCAGUGGAAAAUGCAGGUUUAUUGGCAUUGACAAAGGUUGGAAGCCGAAGAGUGAUUCAAAUAUCAGCUGGAUUUAUGAUUUUCUUCUCUGUAUUUGGAAAAAUUGGGGCAUUGUUUGCUUCCAUACCCCUGCCAAUUGUAGCAGCAAUUUAUUGUGUCUUAUUUGGCUAUGUGUCUUCUGCAGGCCUGGGAUUCCUCCAGUUCUGUAACCUGAACAGUUUCAGAACAAAAUUUGUUCUGGGUUUCUCUUUCUUCAUGGGUAUUUCAGUACCACAAUACUUCAGAGAACACUAUCAACUGGGAUCUCACACUAGUUCUAGAUGGUUUCAUGAUAUAGUCACCGUCAUCUUCACAUCUCAUGCAACGGUAGCUGCUUUGGUUGGCGUGUUCUUGGAUUGCACACUUAGGCGUGAAAAUGAUGAAACAAGAAACGUCGGUGGCUUGAAGUGGUGGGAGAAGUUCAGCUUAUACAAUUCUGAUGUUAGGAAUGAUGAAUUCUAUGCUCUACCUUGCAGGCUUAAUGAACUUUUCCCAGCCCUUUAGUCUUUCUUUAUUGUGCUUUUUGCCUGGUUAA